UCUUCUUUUUUCCUCCCCGGUCUCAUCCACAUUCGUUCCCUCCAUCCCUGGUCGGCACGACGGCACAUCUAUCGAGCUGACGCUUCAGCUUCAAGCCGCGCUGAUAUUCGGUCCUGCCAGUCGUCGUCACCCCGGCUGUACACCGCUGGUGUUGCCGAUAAAGAAGGUCCACCUGUCUGCCUUCUUCUCAACAUCGCCCCUCCCCCCCCGCAUUCUUUGACAAACUCAACUGCAGCCCUUGACUCCUGUCUUGUUUGGUCGCCAUGAGCGGCAAGGAGAAAGACCCUGUCGGGGAGCACGUCUCCGGGCAGGCCAAUACGCCCAUGACGGCCCCGGCCCACGCCCUCGCCAUCGAGCAGGUCGUGAACGAGCUCAAGGCCAAUAUCGAGGUUGGCCUCUCCGACGAGGAGGCUAAGCGACGAUUGGAAGAGUACGGUCGCAAUGAAUUCGGCGAGCAAAAGGGCGUGCAGCCCGUCAAGAUCUUCAUUGGCCAGAUCGCCAAUGCUCUCACGCUGGUCCUCAUUCUUGCCAUGGCAGCCUCCUUUGGUAUUCGGUCAUGGAUCGAGGGCGGUGUCAUUACCGCUGUCAUCGUCCUCAACAUUGUGGUGGGCUUCUUCCAAGAGUUCAAGGCUGCAAAGACCAUGGAUUCUCUGCGAUCCCUUAGUUCUCCCACUGCGCAGGCUAUUCGCAACGGCAACAACGAAACUGUCGUCACGGCCGAAAUUGUGCCCGGUGACAUGGUGGAGCUCAAGACCGGUGAUACCAUCCCGGCCGAUAUCCGCCUAGUCGAGGCCGUCAACUUCGAGACCAACGAGGCCCUUCUUACCGGCGAGUCUCUGCCUGUUCGCAAGGAGACAGCGACCACCUUCCCCGAGGACACUGGCCCCGGCGAUCGUCUCAACGUCGCAUAUAGCUCCUCGACUGUGACCAAGGGACGCGCCCGCGGUGUCGUCUUCGCUACCGGCCUGUACACGGAGAUUGGCCAGAUUGCUGCCGCCCUACGUGGCAAGGAAUCCCGCCGACGUCAGCCCAAGCGGCGUGAGGACGGCACCACCACCUUUGGUCGUUGGCUUCAGGCCUGGACUCUCACUUGCUCCGAUGCCGUCGGCCGCUUCCUCGGCGUCAACGUCGGCACCCCCCUCCAGAAGAAGCUGUCCAAGCUGGCUAUUCUACUUCUCGGCACGGCCAUUGUCUGUGCUAUUAUUGUCCUCGCCGCGAACAAGUUCGACACCAAGCAGGAAGUCAUCAUUUACGCCGUCGCCACUGGCCUUUCCAUGAUCCCGGCCUCCCUCAUCGUCGUCCUGACCAUCACCAUGGCUGCUGGCACGAAGCGCAUGGUCCAGCGUCACGUCAUUGUCCGCAACCUCAAGAGCCUUGAGGCGCUCGGUGCGGUUUCUAAUAUCUGCUCGGACAAGACUGGAACCCUGACUCAGGGUAACAUGAUUGUCAAGAAGGCCUGGAUUCCUGGCCGCGGCACCUACUCGGUGGGCACCACGAGCGAGCCUUUCAACCCCACCGUUGGCCAGCUCGGCCUCGCAGUUGCCCAACCCAAAGACAUUGACUUCCGGGGUGCCAACGCCGAUGGUGAGGCCAUUGAUGGAGAGCAGCUCGUUGCCAAAGACGCCACCCUGCGAGAGUACCUCAACGUUGCCUCGCUUGCCAACUUGGCCUCUGUGAACCAGGUCGAAGGCGAAUGGAAGGGCCGCGGUGACCCCACCGAGAUUGCCAUCCAGGUGUUUGCGUCCCGCUUCAACUGGAAUCGUCUUCGCCUGUCCACUGGUGAUGGUGCUACCUGGCAGCAAAAGGCCGAGUUCCCAUUUGACUCUGAUGUGAAGAAAAUGUCCGUCAUUUUUGAAAACAAAGAGACGCAGAAGCAGUGGCUCUUCACAAAGGGCGCUGUGGAGCGAGUUCUCACGUCCUGCCCACGGUACGCCGUCGGCGAUGAAAUCAAGGACUUCUCCGAAGACAUCAAGGCCGAUGUCCUCAAGAACAUGGAAGCCAUGGCUCGUCUGGGUCUGCGUGUUUUGGCGCUUGCCAGCAAGACCGACAUCCCUCAUGUGCAGGACAACGAGGCCGAGCUCGAGCGGGGAGACUUUGAGGAAGACCUCACAUUUCGUGGUCUCAUCGGUCUCUACGACCCUCCUCGCCCCGAGUCUGCGCCGUCCGUCCGCAUGUGCCAUGAGGCUGGCAUCAGCGUCCACAUGCUGACCGGUGACCAUCCCGAGACUGCCCGUGCUAUUGCACUCGAGGUCGGCAUCCUGCCUACCAAGAUGAACCAAAUUGCUUCCGACGUUGCCAAGACCAUGGUCAUGGCUGCGUCUGACUUCGAUAGACUAACCGACCAGGAAAUCGACGGGCUGCCUCUGCUCCCGCUCGUCGUCGCUCGCUGCGCCCCUCAGACCAAGGUCCGCAUGAUUGAAGCCCUCCACCGCCGCAAAGCCUUUGUUGCCAUGACCGGCGAUGGCGUCAACGACUCGCCCAGCUUGAAGCGGGCAGAUGUUGGCAUCGCCAUGGGCCAGGCUGGAUCGGAUGUGGCCAAGGAGGCUUCUGAUAUCGUCUUGACCGACGACAACUUUGCUUCGAUUCUCAACGCCGUCGAGGAAGGCCGCCGCAUGUUUGACAACAUACAAAAGUUCAUCCUCCAUGUUCUCGCCGAGAACAUUGCCCAGGCUUGCACGCUUUUGAUUGGCCUCGCGUUCAAAGAUAGCCGUGGCAUCUCCGUGUUUCCCCUGGCGCCCGUGGAGAUUCUCUGGAUCAUCAUGAUCACCUCGGGUAUGCCCGACAUGGGCUUGGGAUUCGAGAUUGCUGCACCAGACAUUAUGCAGCGACCGCCUCAAAAUCUCAAGCAAGGUGUCUUUACCCCAGAGCUUCUGCUCGACAUGGUCGUUUACGGCCUGUGGAUGUCUGCACUCUGCCUGGCGUCAUUUGUCUUGGUGCUGUACGGCUUCGGCAACGGGGCCGCAGACAUUGGCCACGACUGCAACAACCACUACUCGGAGGACUGCAAGGUCGUUUUCCGCGCUCGCGCCACGACCUUUGCUUGCCUUACGUGGUUCGCGCUGUUCCUAGCCUGGGAAAUGGUCAACAUGCGCCGGUCGUUCUUCCGCAUGCAGCCCAAGAGCAAGAAGUACUUUACCCAGUGGAUCAUUGACGCCUGGCGCAACAAGUUCCUCUUCUGGGCCAUUGUCGCCGGCUUCGUCACCAUGUUCCCCAUCAUCUACAUCCCCGGCCUCAACACGGUUGUGUUCAAGCACGCGGGCAUCAGCUGGGAAUGGGGCAUAGUCUUCGUUGAAGCCUUCCUCUUCUUCCUGGGCAUCGAGUCGUGGAAGUGGGCCAAGCGCGUCUACUUCCGCCGCAAGGCCAAGAAGGGCGGCAACUUCAAGUCGGACCUCGAGACGCGUGUCUUUGGACAAUAUCUCGGUCGGGACGGCGACGGUGACGGCCCGGCCAAGGGCGGUGACGAGGAGAGCGGCACCAACAGCGACACUGCGGCUCCUGAGAAGUCGGGCGCGGACAAAGCCGUGGCCGACAACGAAAAGGAAGCUCAAUGACAUGAGUGGGAGACGGGGCGGUCCGGGUGCGAGAGCGCGUGCGAGAGCGCGUGCGGGACGGCGCGGCGUCGGCGGCUCUCGGCUGGAAAGAUGCCCCGUAUAGAGGAAGAUGAUGUUGACGAGCCCGCCCGUCGAGGUGAGCCGACGGGCGGGCACAGUAAGCGUUGCGAAUGCCGCAGCGGCAGAGGCAGUAUUCGCGACACCAGUAGUAGCAGUAGCAGUAGUAGCAGUAGCAGUAAGUGGCAUAGAUUGAUACGGCGGAGUAGAUUAAGCAGUAGCGAUGGCAGUAUCCUGGGUCCACUAGGGCCCAGAAUAACAAGUUGUAGCUGUA